AUGGUGGAAAUGCAAAGAAAUGUGAUGGUACUUAUAAUCCAUAAGUUCCCAAUUUUCCUCAUACGGUCUCCUUUCAUGCCUUUACAUCCAUAUAUAAUUCACAGAGAAUUACUGCAAUUUCUUUCAUAUGCUUUCAGGAUUCCAUAUGUCACAAUACAAAUAAUAUAUAUAUAUAUAUCCUCCUACAUAAUUUGGACAGAAUAUUGCUUAACAUAUAAAUUAUCACAAACCUACGAUAUUACACUCUUCCUAAGAAUAAUAGAAUCAAAUUAUUUCUAUUUUGCAUCAUUACAUGAAGCUUCGGAAAAGGAAAAAAAAAAAAGAAUAAAACAAAAGGUAAUGUAA